AUGGCUGGCUCUGGCCCGGCCUGGGGUGAUGGCUGCCAGCAGCAGGGGCCCAGGUGGCUGCAGGUGCCACCACAGAGCGGAGGCCGUGUCCUGCCGCAGCUGGCGGCUCCGUGCGCCCCGCGGGGCGGCCCCGAGCCCGAGUGUCCCGCGCUCUACGCGUCGGAGCCGGCCCGGCCCGGCCACAAGCUGCGGGCGCUGCUCCCCGACGGCUCGGCCGCGGCCAGCGGCGCCAACCGGGGCGGCCCCGGGGCGCCCCCCGCGCACGACGCGCUGCUGCUGCUGGACCCGAGCCCCGGCGCCAGCUUCGGCCACCCGCUGCGGCUCUUCCAGCUGGACUUCGGCGUCAGCCCGCGGCGCUGCCGGGGCCCGGACCGCGUCUCCCUGGGCCGCUACGAGUGCCUGACCCUGGCCCUGCGGAGCCGCUGCGAGAACCAGACGAAGCGGCGCGGGCGCGGCGGGCAGGGCACGCGGGAGGCCGGGCGCGCUCGCCGGGAGGAGCCGCUGGUGGGGGGCUGCGAGAUUCACUUCCUGCCCCUGGUGGUGGCGGCGCAGGACCCCAAGCGCCAGCAGAGGCUGCACUGCGUAGAGCUGCCGGGAUUCAGCCCGUGUCCGCAGCCGCUCCCCGUGGUCAGCCCCGGCCCCGCGGCCGCUCACUGCGAACUGGACAAGAACACGCGCCGGUGCCACCGGCAGCAGCUGCCCUCCCACCCGUCCUGCCGCAUGUACCAGACCUGCGACCACGCCGUGCUCAUCUCAGGCGGCUGGCAGGACCAGAUCACCUACCCCCACCACGCCCGCAACCUGCGGCUCUUCGGCCAGAUGCUGCGGCGGAACGGCUUCCGGCAGGAGCACAUCAAGGCCUUCUUCGCGGGCGACGGCCAGGCGCCAGUGGCUGCAGAGGUGGGCGACGUGUAUCCGGCCACGGAGAAGCUGCUGAUCCGCAGCCACCUGGCGCUGGUGUGCCGCACGCGGCACUGCGCCGACUCGCUGGUGCUUUACCUCAACAGCCCCGCCCGGAGCGACGGCACCAUGCUCCUGUGGGACACCAACAAGAACGGCAUCGCCGACCCCAAGGAGCGCUACCCUGUGGCCGAGCUCCUGGCCGACCUGGAGGGCUGCAGCGCCCGCAGGGUCUUCCUCUUCCUCGACCAGAGCUACCCGGGCCCGCUGGCCAAGAAGCUGCUGGCGUCCGGGCGGCACGGGAACGUGGUGCUGGUGAGCGGCCAGCGGGGCUCCGACUUCGCCCGGGGCUCGGCCUUCAGCGAGUUCUGGGCUCGGCUGCAGCCCGACCAGUGCCUGCUGCAGCACCUCCUGCAGGCAGGCCCGCGGGCAGCCAGCUCCUCCCCCGGGGCCACGCUGCAGCUGCUCAACGUGACCCUGGCCGGGGCGCCCUGCCACAGCACCCCGGCGCUGACGGAGGACGAGCGCAGGAGGGAGUUCCUGGGCUGCCAGAACCUGCCCACCAUGCUCUGGUACCAGGCCGCGCACACGCAGCAGCAGCAGGACGACGACUGAAGCCAGGUCCCGUCCCUGGUUCCUGCGCCCUGCUGAGCCCCUCACACCCACCCAGAGCCAGCCGCAGGGGCCGUGCCCUCUCCCAGGCAUCAGCCACAGCGCCAGGCCCAGCUGGGAUGAGCAGCCGGGGCAGGAGGGCAGCGCUCGGGCUCCGAAAGGGCCCUUGGCGCGUGCCAGGCGGGGGCAGGGAGGGGACCCGCUGUACGUCACCCACUCCCUCAAUAAAGAACCAGUUCUGGCC